UCACCAUUAAAGAAAGCUUUCUUGCCGGAUGUCCAAAACCCCUCUUUGCUACUGUCAGGUUCCUUUUAGGACCAUAUCAUUCAUCAUCGCAACUUUCUCUGGUUAUAUUAAAGGACCGUGCGUGUCUGGUUGAGGGUAUCUCAUGCUGUUUGCCCAUUUCGGGCCACAUGUACGAGGGAUGUUUCUUGACACAGCCUGGGCUUGAUAUCUAUCUUUUCAAAGCACUAUUCUAAAGUUAUUUGGCCCGCCGGGUUUGCACGCGUCUCGGUUUUCUGAACGGUUACUGCUUCGUCUAUAAAAACCCAGUUCUUCUCCAUCUUCCCUCAUUUUCUGCUCUGGUCAACGUCAAAUAAACUGCCCUCCAAUUUAGCUUCCGUCUUUGCACACUAUCAACAAAUAUCAUCAUGCAUUUGACCAGCGUCUCUCUAUUGCUAGCAGCAGCUAUGGCAGCAGUGAAAGCUCUCCCUGCUCCUCAAGGGGGUAUCCCUCAAGGUGACUUUAGCGUUCGCCCUACGCCCGCCUUUGCAACGAUUCCCGCGCAACUCAGUGAAAUCGCUACGCUGGUUGUCGAAACCGAAACGGCCACCGCAACCGAAACUGCGACCGAAACCGCAGCUGCGACCGAGACUGCGACCGAAACGUUGGAAACACUCGAAACUUCAGUCGCUACAACCACCACCGUUGCUGUAACAGAAACCGCUACGGCAAUCGUUCCUGCAACCCUCGGCCCCAUCACGCUGGGCGUUACAACCGAUGCAGCCACGGCAACCGCCUCGGCUCCUGGUCCCGUUGUCCCGAGCCCCGUUCUUCCUCCCAUUUGUCGGCGGGCAGGCUGUAAUGGUGAACUCUGCGUGGUCAACUCUCGCGAUGCUGUCCUCAGCCCUUGCGUGUGGAAGCCCGAGUUUGCUUGCUACAACUCUGCUACCUGUGGCUACAACGCUACAGCUCGUGCUUGCGGAUGGCAGAACACCGUCUCGCUCAGGACUUGCAUUAGCGCUGCACGACAAAGUGCCCAGAUCUAGUGCCCCCAAUUUCAAUGCAGUGUUGGGAGAAUUUGUACAAUGAAUGUCUGUAAAUCUGAUAUAUGUAAUAAAUGUUAAGUUUUCACCGUUUAACCGGAGUACUGUGGUAACAAUAAUGAGC